AUGAUGGCCGGCGGAGCAGUACAGCAAAACGGGAUUUUCUCAAAUCCUCACCAUCACAAUCAACAACCACACAUGGAGUCCGAUCCCCCGGACUCACGUAAAAGACCCCUGGAGACUCCGACGGAGGCCAGCAGCACCAAACGCACAAACACGGGAGUGGCCUUCCUGCAGCCCCUAUUUGAAACUGAAGGAAUUGUAUUCCCUCACCAAGAAACUGAGACUCAUGAGGAAGGCGAGUACUUCCUGAAGGUUUUGAUUCCCAGCUAUGCGGCAGGUUCGAUCAUCGGGAAGGGAGGUCAGACCAUCGUCCAGCUGCAGAAAGAGACCGGAGCCACCAUCAAACUGUCCAAAUCCAAAGACUUCUACCCCGGGACGACAGAGCGGGUGUGUCUGAUCCAGGGGACGGUGGAGGCGCUGAACGGCGUCCAUGACUUCAUCGCUGAGAAGGUGAGGGAGAUGCCUCAGAGCACCCAGAAGACAGAGCCAGUCAGCAUCCUGCAGCCGCAGACCACCGUCAACCCAGACCGCGUCAAACAGGCCAAGCUGAUCGUCCCCAACAGCACAGCUGGGCUCAUCAUCGGUAAAGGUGGAGCGACAGUCAAGGCGGUGAUGGAGCAGUCUGGGGCGUGGGUCCAGCUAUCCCAAAAGCCUGAGGGCAUAAACCUGCAGGAACGCGUGGUCACCAUCAGCGGAGAGCCGGAGCAGAACCGUAAAGCCGUGGAGAUCAUCGUCCAGAAGAUCCAGGAAGAUCCACAGAGCUCCUCCUGCCUCAACAUCUCGUACUCCAACAUCACAGGACCCGUUGCCAACUCCAACCCCACCGGCUCCCCGUACGCCAACUCGACCGAGGUCAUGCCGGCUGCGGCGGCCGCUGCAGCGGCCACGGCUUCCUCCCUGCUCGGCCAAGCCAGCCUGGCGGGGGUCGGGGCCUUCCCGACCACCAUGUCCAGCCUCUCGGGCAACGACCUGCUGGCCAUCACCUCGGCCCUCAACACUCUGGCCAGCUACGGCUACAACACCAACUCCCUGGGCCUAGGGCUGAAUCCCGCAGCGGCCUCAGGGGUGUUAGCCGCAGUAGCAGCUAAUGCUAACCCAGCAGCAGCUGCCGCAGCUAAUUUGUUAGCGUCCUACGCCAGCGAUGCAUCCACCAGUGCAGCUCACCCAGCAGCUGGCCUCGGAGGCUUCUCCCUGGGAUCCCUGGCUGCCGCUACAGGCGCCACCAACGGCUACUUAAGCGCUGCGUCGCCACUGGUGGCAUCAUCUCUACUGGCCACAGAGAAGCUAGCAGAAGGAGCAAAGGAAGUGGUUGAGAUCGCCGUGCCAGAAAACCUGGUGGGAGCCAUCCUGGGGAAAGGAGGGAAGACGCUAGUGGAGUACCAGGAGCUGACCGGCGCCAGAAUCCAGAUCUCCAAGAAAGGCGAGUUCAUCCCUGGAACUCGGAACAGGAAGGUGACCAUCACGGGUUCCCAGGCCGCCACACAGGCCGCACAGUACCUGAUCAGCCAGCGAAUCACCUAUGAGCAGGGGGUACGUGCCACCAACCCACAGAAGGUGGGCUAA